GUGCGGCUUUACUACAUUUCAGGAAGAAUAUAUAUUUUACGUUCAUCAGACACCGGCUGCAAAGUCUUUGUUCUGUUUGGCAAAGUUUUAUAAUUUUUCGGCCUUGGAAAGAAAUCAUGAAAACUGUUUUGUCCGUGAUCGCUUUCUGCGUCUUCCUGGGGUUCAUAAACGCAAAAGAAUCUUCCCCCAAAGUGCAGGUGUACAGCCGUAACCCAGGGGAACAUGGAAAGGACAACACCCUGAUCUGUCACGUGAGUGCCUUCCACCCCCCUGACAUCAGCAUCCAGCUCCUGAAGAACGGUGUGGAGAUCCCCGACGCCAAGCAGACAGACCUGGCCUUCGAACAGGGAUGGCAGUUCCACCUCACCAAGAGUGUUGGAUUCACACCAGCCAGCGGAGAGGAGUACACCUGCAGAGUCCGCCACCUGAAGAAUCUGAAGACCUACACCUGGGAGGCAAAUAUGUAAGGAUCUGGAGCAGGACUUAAUGAAACGGGCCACAUCCUCUUUCUACCAGAUAUCUGACAGCAUGUGGAGCGUCGUAGCACUGCAGCAGUACCCUGGAGAGGCAUGCUGGGAAUGGACUAGAUACAUAUUUGGAAUCCCUGCCUUUGACUAAGUGGGCACUUCUUAUCACAGGGCGGCAUCAGCGCUCACCUAAAAAGCUCAUAUGCCACUGGUUGAGAGAAAUUGUCAUUGUUGUUGGAGGUGCGUCGUGGUCAGUUUAGCUAUAAAAAAAAUGAGGACCAGCCCUGGUCUCACCUCAUCCUGCCUAAUGAGAGAACCAGCCCUGGUCUCACCUCAUCCUGCCUAAUGAGAGAACCAGCCCUGGUCUCACCUCAUCCUGCCUAAUGAGAGGGCCGGCCCUGGUCUCAGCUCAUCCUGCCUAAUGAGAGGACUGGCCCUGGUCUCACCUCAUCCCGCCUAAUGAGAGGACUGGCCCCGGUCUCACCUCAUCCUGCCUAAUGAGAGGACUGGCCCCGGUCUCACCUCAUCCUGCCUAAUGAGAGGACUGGCCCCGGUCUCAGCUCAUCCUGCCUAAUGAGAGGACUGGCCCUGGUCUCACCUCAUCCUGCCUAAUGAGAGGACCCGCCCUGGUCUCACCUCAUCCUGCCUAAUGAGAGGACUGGCCCUGGUCUCACCUCAUCCUGCCUAAUGAGAGGACCAGCCCUGGUCUCACCUCAUCCUGCCUAAUGAGAGGACCAGCCCUGGUCUCACCUCAUCCUGCCUAAUGAGAGACCCUGGUCUCACCUCAUCCUGCCUAAUGAGAGACCCUGGUCUCACCUCAUCCUGCCUAAUGAGAGGACCGGUCCUGGGUCUCACCUCAUCCUGCCUAAUGAGAGACCCUGGUCUCACCUCAUCCUGCCUAAUGAGAGGACCAGCCCUGGUCUCACCUCAUCCUGGCUAAUGAGAGACCCUGGUCUCACCUCAUCCUGCCUAAUGAGAGGACCAGCCCUGGUCUCACCUCAUCCUGCCUAAUGAGAGACCCUGGUCUCACCUCAUCCUGCCUAAUGAGAGACCCUGGUCUCACCUCAUCCUGCCUAAUGAGAGGACCGGUCCUGGGUCUCACCUCAUCCUGCCUAAUGAGAGGACCGGUCCUGGGUCUCACCUCAUCCUGCCUAAUGAGAGACCCUGGUCUCACCUCAUCCUGCCUAAUGAGAGGACCUGGUCUCACCUCAUCCUGCCUAAUGAGAGGACCCGGUCUCACCUCAUCCUGCCUAAUGAGAGACCCUGGUCUCACCUCAUCCUGCCUAAUGAGAGGACCCGCCCCGGUCUCACCUCAUCCUGCCUAAUGAGAGGGCCGUGCACAGAACACUGUUCUGUUGAGUUAAAAAAAUAUAUAUAUAUUGUAAACUGUUGACAUGACUUACUUAGUCCUUUUGGUUGUUAUGUGGAACACAGGGCUUCCAGGAGACAGCCACUGCUGAUGCUCUUCUGCCUUUUGGGGAGGAGUUUCCACGACAGGACAUUAAUUGACCUCUAUUUGACUAAAGAUUUUUUUAAAGGAGUCAAAAAUCCUUGUGAACAAAAAAAUGCUUGUUUAUAUGUUGACAUGAUUGAUAUCUCUUGAUGAAAUUUCUCUAAAGAUCUCAGUCAUUGUCAAUGGUCAUUUUUUGAGAAGUUAUAUUUCUAUAUUAUUAUUAUUAUUAAUGAGUAAAUCAGUGAAAUACUUGUAAUAAAGCUACUCACAUUGCCAAGGCAGGAAGGUAAUGAAUGCAGAGCAGUAAUCUACAGCAGUGGUCCCCAACCUUUUCCUGAGCCCAGAUCACUUUCUUGAGUCAAAACACAAGCCGAUGAUCUACCGCUGAGAUUUAUUUUAUAAACGUGACUUAAAAAACAUAAGUCUAUGCAACAUUAACCAAUUAAAACCAGUUCUGUAGCAAUGAGGUUUGUGCAGUAGGCUAUAGGCCCAGUACAUUAUCACUGCAUAUUGGCUAAGCUUGAAUUGCCCUGCUAAUGUUGCUCUCAGACCAUUUAGAAAUCAUAUUUCAACAUGUUAGCUACAGUAUAUGAUCACACUGGUAAUAGAUUAUUUUGUUGUAUUACUUGUGAGGCACAGCUGAGUGAGGAUAAUAAUUAGCUUCUUUUUUUUUACUGGACUGAUGGCCUGGAUCUGAUGGUCAGUCUGAGGGGAGGGAGAGAGCAGUGGUGAGGCUUCCUGUCACCCGACUCACCGUCCCUCCUCUCUCUCACCCUCCACUGAAAAAAAGCCCUAACAGGGUCCAGCUGUGACAUCAUCUCUCAGGGUUUCUACGCUGCCACCUACUGUGACAUCAUCUCUCAGAGCAGUGCAUCUCUCAGGGUUUCUAUGCUGCCACCUACUGUGACAUCAUCUCUCAGAGCAGUGCAUCUCUCAGGGUUUCUAUGCUGCCACCUACUGUGACAUCAUCUCUCAGAGCAGUGCAUCUCUCAGGGUUUCAAUGCUGCCACCUACUGUGACAUCAUCUCUAAUAAUUACAAUUUAGCAUUAACACUGGAGUGAUAGACGUGCAGAUGAUGAUGUGCAAGUAGAGAUA